AUGGAUUACAUGGACGGAAGAAGUUCCCACGGAUCAAACGUUACUGUUGAUAAUGGCUCUAGAGAAUCGGACACGUUACUAUUGCUCAAAUGGGGAAGGGUUUUGCGAAGAGUCUGUCUUCGAUUGGCGGCACGAAUAAGGGGAAGGCAAAACAAAUGGGUACAGAUCGGAUCUUGGGUGCGCAGCGAGGCUGUAAGAGGCUGA